AUGGAAAUGGGCAUUGAGGAGAGCAUAGAAAAUGGUUACAACAGAGUGCAGGAAGAUACAAGAGGGCCACUUAUACAUCAUGAAAGGGAUGAAUGUUGUUAUGGUGGAGUAGAUGGAGCUAGAAAAAGUAGCAAGGAACAUCUAUGGAUGGUCUACUUCAGCACAUUUAUUGCUGUUUGUGGCUCUUGCGAAUUUGGUUCCUCUAUAGGUUUUUCAUCACCAAUUCAGGCUGCCAUCAGGAAGGAUCUCCAUCUACCACUGACCGAGUACUCAUUGUUUGCUUCCAUCUUGACAAUUGGUGCAAUCACGAGUGGGAUGAUAGCUGAUUUCAUUGGUUGGAAAGGGGCAAUGAGAAUGUCAGCCAUUUUCUGUGUCAUAGGAUGGCUUGCUAUCUACUUUGGGAAGGGAGCCUUGCCAUUGGAUGCUGGAAGACUGUCGUUGGGAUAUGGAGUCGGUAUCUUUUCCUAUGUGGCACCAGUGUUCAUAGCUGAAAUAGCACCAACAAAUCUUCGAGGAGGCCUAACAGCAAUCAGUCAGCUUAUGUUUGCCAUUGGAUUGUCUGGUUACCUCAUCAUAGAAACAGUUCUAACAUGGCGGACGUUGGCUCUAGUUGGACUUAUCCCAUGCCUUAUCCUGCUUCCAGGCCUAUUCUUCAUUCCAGAAUCUCCCAUAUGGCUGGCAAAGAUGAGCCACCAUAAAGAAUUUUAUGCUGCUCUUCAACGACUUCGCGGAAAGGAUGCUGAUAUUUCUAAUGAAGCAGCCGACAUUCAAGAUAAUAUAGAAGCUCUUCAGAAGCUCCCUAAAGCCAAAACUCUGGAUUUGUAUCAAAGGCAAUACUUACGUUUAGUUGUGAUUACAGUCGGGCUGAUGUUCUUUCAACAAUUUGGUGGACUCAGUGGAGUUUGUUUUUAUGUGAGUGAGAUUUUUGUAUCUGCAGGAUUUCCUUCCAAUGCUGGAACAAUAUCUUAUGCUUGUAUUCAGAUUACAGUAGCAAUAUUGGGUGCAUCCUUAAUUGAUAAGGCUGGAAGAAGACCUCUUCUAUUGGUUUCUGCUUCAGGAUUGGUCUUAGGCUGCAUACUAGUUGGGAUUUCCUUCUAUUUGAAGGCCCACGAAUUGGCAACAACAGGAGCCCCUCUACUUGCUUUAAUUGGGUUACAGGUAUUCAUAGGAUCUUUCUCAAUUGGAAUGGGAAUAAUCCCUUCUGUUAUAAUGUCUGAGAUAUUCCCAAUAAAUGUUAAAGGAGCAGGUGGCAGCUUGGCAACUCUGGUGAACUGGAUUGGGGCAUGGGUAGUUUCCUAUUCUUUUAAUUUUCUCAUGAGCUGGAGCUCCUAUGGUACUUUUAUCCUCUUUGCAAUAACUAAUGCACUAGCUAUCCUAUUCAUAGCCAAGUUAGUACCUGAAACAAAGGGGCGAACCCUGGAGCAAAUUCAGUCUGCCAUUAACAAUGUCUCAGAAAAUUGAUGAAAAGUGGGGUAUGUAACAUAAGGAAAAGAUUCAAAUUUUGCUUGUGAAGCUGUUGUUUGAAAU